AUGGGCUGUAAAUUCACAAGAGUAACGCCAGUGGACGAACAAAGGAUACGACGGGUUGAAAACAAUUACAAUGAUCAUCAUGACAAUCAAAUCGAUGAUACUAUCAUUACACAACGAACUACACCUCUAGAUGAUAAAUUCAUACAUCAGCUUACUAACACAAAUGAUCAUAUUGAAAUUGAAAUUGCUGAUCCACAUGCAUUCAACGAUUUAUUUAUUCAACAACGUCAACAAGCUAUUAACAAUCGUUCUUAUCAAGCAACUAUCGAAUCAUGGCGACCAAAAUCUCUUCAACAACUUACUGAAACUAUUAAAACAUUUUCAAAAGGAAAAUCUUUAAUUGAUCGUCAUUGGAUUAUUUUCUAUUGGAUUGCAUGUAACAUUGAAUAUGAUACUGUGUCAUAUUUCACAAAAGAUUAUAAAGAUCAAACAGCUGAAGGAGUUUUUCGAACACGAAAAGGUGUAUGUGCUGGUUAUGCUAAUUUAUAUAAAUAUUUAUGUGAUAAAUUAGAAAUGCAAUCUGAAGUAGUCGGUGGAUAUUCAAAAGGUUAUGGAUUUGAUGAUCGAAAAGAUGCUCCUAGUAAAACAGAUCAUGCUUGGAAUGCUGUUGAGAUUGAUCGUCAUUGGUAUUUAAUGGAUUCAACAUGGGGUGCUGGACAUUUAGAUGAUGCAAAAGAAUUUAAAUGUAAAUUAUCAUCAUAUUAUUUUCUUCCACGUCCAAAUGAAAUGANUUUUGCUAAUAAAUUCCUAUUCUAA